AUGAAGAUUGCGACCAUUUCCAUUGCUCUUGUUGCGAUGACUCUUGUGUUCACAGAGGCUCUCACCCUGCAUGCUCGUAGAUCUGAUACAGCCAGCUCCGGUCAAGGCAAGAGCGGUGUGGACACCUUCUCCUCGACAAGCCACAGCGUCAAACGUACAACACCCGACCAUUUCUCCUCCUCUCCCACGACGCUCAAGGACCGCUUGGCCACUAUGCGCCAAGAUAAGAAGGGCGCUGAACCCGAGUCCACUAAGGAAGCACAAGAAGGCCAGGAAAAGCGAGACGACAAAGCUCCUUUCGAGCCAGCUCCAGUAUAUACCUGUCAACAAUAUAUUAACGGAAUCGAGGCUGUUUUGAAAAGUGUCGAGGUGUCUAUGCAUGAAGUCCACAAAGAGGUGACCGACCGCAAGCCCGCCCAGGAUGUUCCCUCCAAGCUAAAGGAGAUCAAGGACCUGGUCGCCCAGACCAGAGCGGAUACCACGGCAGCAAAGAAGACUAAGUACAAGACCAAAACGACAAUGGACACUCUUAUUUCGACCGCCACCAGCUUGUACACAAAAUUGGGCAAAAACAGGGUUCAUCUUGGAGAGGCCACGUCGCAGGCUUACGAGGAUCUAAAGAUGAAUGCAGAAAACAUCAAGAGUUAUGCCGAAGGCUAUGUCAAGAAGGGCUGUGUCGUCGCCGUUUGA